AUGGCUACGCAGCUAGCCUCUUGGGCUCUUCACUAUAGCUGCAGUCUGGUGGCCAGUCUCUUUGCUGUGACUUGCUUUUUUGUCAACGAUAAACCCGCAAAGAAACCAACAAAGAAAAAGAGAAAAGCGAUUCGCAACAAGCACCAAGUUCGAGUUCAGCUCGUCCUAACUGCGUUGAUCGUUCUCACAUAUGUCAGUCAAAUUGCUCUGAUUAUUGCCACCCAGGAUCUGGACCGUUCCCAGCCGUUCCUCAUGCAUAUGACCUCUCUGGCCGCCGUAUGGACAGCGGUGUGGUUCCGACAACAACAAGUCCCCAAGUAUGCAUUGGCAGGAGCCUCCUCGGUGACCGCUGCUUUCGAAGUUCCACUCCUUGCGCUCUCCUUGUGUCACAGACCGACACACUGGGUGCCAAUCGCACAGAUUACCAUUUCAUCGGUUCGGCUGUUACUGCUUACUUUUGUGGCAGCUGCCAUCUUAUUGGAAAUCAGGCAGUUAUGGGAAAUCAGGCAGCUGAAGAAAAAUACUUCGGAAGAAUCGCGCCCCUUUCUGAAUAGGAACCACACCACUUAUGGUGCAACCAAUGGCGACGACCUAAAUAACAGCAGUGGCAGCGAGAGCGAGACCGAUGCAGCCAAGCCUAUGACUGCUAGCGAAAAGCGGGCCAAAAAGCGCGAUGAACAGCUGCAGACAUUCAGGGAUUGGUUGAAGUAUAUCAAAAGCUUUAAGAUCAUUCUGCCCUAUCUGAUUCCCAGAAAUGACCGCAAAGUGCAGCUUUGUAUUGCUGUAAGCGUGGCUUGCCUGGCGGUCGAGAGGGUUCUUAACGUCGCAAUUCCCCAGCAGCUGGCAAAUAUUACCAACAGCAUCUUUUCUCGCGAAACUCCCUAUGCUUCAUUGGUAAAAUGGGGCUUCUUGAAGCUCCUCAACAGUGAAUCUGGAGUGGGUUUGAUUCAGACGUUGGUCAAAAUUCCGAUAAGACAGUUCGCUAAUCGCCAGAUUAAAAAUGCUGCCUUCCGCCAUGUGAUGAGCCUAUCAAUGGACUACCACAUUGAGAAAGACUCGGCAGAAGUGAUGAAGUCGAUUGACCAGGGUGAAUCGAUGCAAAAUUUGCUAGAAAUGCUUGUUCUAGACAUCAUCCCGACAAUAUUAGACUUGUUCAUCGCAUGCUUCAUUUUUAACAUGAAAUUCGGCACCUACACUUCUCUGCUGGUGGUGCUUGCGGCGACUGCGUAUGUUUCGGCGGAGGUCAAGACCUCGAACUGGAACUCGGAGAAACAGCGUGAAAAAACACAGGCCCAGCGUGACGAGACUCGCAUCAUGCAUCAGGCCGUACAGGGCUGGCAGACCGUCACAUACUUCAAUCAACAUUCACAAGAGAAAGACAGAUUCAAAGAAGCAGUCGCUAAGAGACAGAAGGCAAGUGCCAUUUGGAGUCGACGCCGAGCAUUCGGAAGGGCACUCACGGAGACAAUCAAGCCAAUCGCAUAUGUCUGUUUGGCUUCUCUCAUCGUGCGCGAAGUCUCCAUGAAACGUAUCUUGCCGGGAGACUUUGUCUUUUUUAUCCAGUACUGGAGUUUAAUCCUUAUGCCUCUGGCGUGGCUCUCUGCGCAGUAUCGCUAUCUGGUCUCUAAUUUAAUCAGUGCCGAAAGCCUGCGCGACUUGUUCCAAUCAAAGCCCAGUGUUACAGAUAAAGAGAAUGCCGUGGAGCUAGAAUGUGGAGCCGGUCGUGUUGCUUUUCAUAAUGUUGAAUUUGCCUAUGAUCCCAGGCUAAAAACCCUCAAUAACAUUGACUUCUCUAUUGAGCCAGGAACGACAGUGGCUUUGGUGGGAAUGACGGGGUCCGGAAAGACCACGAUCCUUCGACUUCUUCUCCGCCUCUACGAUGUCACCGGCGGUCGAGUUGAGAUCGAUGGCCAGGACAUUCGCGAUGUAACCCUCGGCUCGUUGCGGCGGGCCAUUGGCGUCGUCCCACAGGACCCCAUUCUUUUUAACGCGACGGUCAUGGAGAACCUGAAGUAUGCUCGGCCCGGGGCUUCGGAUGAAGAAGUUUACGAGGCAUGCCGCGCUGCCGCAAUUCAUGACAAGAUUGAAAAGUUUGUGGAUCAAUACAACACUAAAGUCGGAGAGCAAGGUGUGAAGCUGUCCGGUGGCGAGCUACAGCGGAUAGCCAUCGCUAGGGUGUUCCUGACACGGUCUCCGAUUCUUCUGUUGGACGAAGCAACGAGCGCUGUAGACUCAACCACGGAAUCAGAAAUCCAGGUUGCCUUGGACCGGUUGAGAGCUAAGCGUACUACAAUUGUCAUUGCGCAUCGACUCUCUACUAUCGUCAACUCAGAUCUCAUCAUCGUUCUGCAUGAGGGUCAGGUUCUGGAGAGUGGGUCACAUCAGGAGCUGCUGACGAAGAAGGAUGGGAGCUAUUAUAAGCUCUGGCAUAAUCAGUUUGGGAACAACACGAAAAUCUAA